AUGUCGCUCAACGUCAAUCUUUCAUCUGGCGCCAUCCGCGAUGCCUACGAAAAGGUGCUUGAUGGCGUCAAGGACUACCUGGUGCUCACGUACGAAAAGGCAUCCAACGAUCUUCGCGUCCAGGUGGUCGAAAAUGGCGAUCUGGACGAUCUCAACGAGGAGUUCUCUGACGGUCGCAUCCAGUACGCUUUUGCUCGAGUCAAGGAUCCUAACACGCAGCUGCCCAAGUUUGCGCUCAUCAACUGGUGCGGUGAAGGUGUACCUGAGAACCGCAAGGGCUUGUUCGCCACCCACUCGUCGGCCGUGGCGCAGUAUCUGAGGGCAUACCAUGUCAGCAUCAAUGCGAGGUCCGAAGCUGAUGUCGAUCCGAAGCUGAUCAUGCGCAGGAUUGCAGAGUCUUCAGGCGCCAACUAUUCUGCUGCAGGCAAGGCGGCCAACACGCACGCGGGUGGACCGAUCGGAUCGGUUGGUACGAGCUACAAGCCGAUCGGAACCCCCGACAUCAGAGGAAUGCAGAAGACUGCGCCGAAAGACACAAUCGCUCCCGUCGGUACCAACUAUUCAUCCAAGCGCGACGAGCUGCAACAGAUCCGAUCUGGAACUGCGCCCGCACCCAAGCUUCCCAGUGCGCCUCGUGUCAGUGCGCCUGCUUUUGACUCUGCGCCGGCUGCAUCCACUCCGGCUCUGACACCAGCUGCUCCCAAGCCACCAGCCGCAUCUGCCUCGAGACUGGUCAGCACCUCUGCAGUACCACCUGCACCUAGUCCAGAAGCAUCGUCUGCGCCGCCAAAGCCUGCCGAGGACGACCGUAUCCAGCCGGUCGGCACGGCGUACCAGCCCAUCAGCUUAGGCAAGCCGGGCAAACUCAACAUGGCCAAUCGCUUCCCCUUUGGACAGCAAGAGAGCGAAUCCUCUCCUGCACCGGCAGCACCACGCGUCGCUUCGGGUGGAGCGUCAGGCAAGCUUACUUGGAGCCAACGGCAGGAAGCGGCGCGUAAGGAACGAGAAGAGCAAGAGGCCAGAGUCAAGCAGCUCUCGUCCGGGAUGCGAACGGCUAGCUUUGGCACCGGUGGAGCUGGUACGGGCUCUACUGCCGCCGCAAACGCGCCACCUGCGCCUGCUGCUCCCCCCGCGCCCCCGGCACCUCCUACACCUCCUGCAGCUGCAGCUGUAUCCGCACCCGAGGAAGCCGAGGAAGAGGCGCCAGCUGCACCGCCCGCUCCUCCUUCUCCCCCUGCUCCUACAGAGGCGGAUGUGGGAGGAGCUGCAGAGCAACUAGAGUCGACGCAUCUCUCUGCUGUCAGUGCUGGCAGCAACAAGGGUCUACGCGGUCGCGUUGCGUGGGCGUACGAAGCAGCUGAAGACAACGAAUUGACGCUUGUCGAGGGAGCGAUCAUCUCACACAUUGAACAGAUCGACGAAGGUUGGUGGUCAGGUGUAGAUGAGCACGGUCAAGAGGGUCUGUUCCCUGCCUCGUACGUGGAGCUGAUUGAAGGCGAGGCUGAGCCGGAAGAAGAGGCCGCACCGCCAGCACCGCCAGCACCGCCAGCCCCACCUGCUGCUGCCGCUAGCGAGACAGAAGAGCAAGACGACCAAGGCAUUCCACCCCCUCCCCCACCGCCGCCUGCUCCGCCUGUAGCACCUGCAGCACCUGCAGCACCUGCUCUGCAAGAGGAAGCGCCCGCGCCUCCUCCGCCGCCUCCUGCACGCGUUGCUGCUGCCGUAGAGGACCGCGGUCUGGUCUGCACAGCUAUGUACGACUUUGACGCGUCGGAAGACAACGAGCUUACCUUCGCCGAGGGUGACACGAUCAUCCACGUCGACGACCAGAUCAGCGAUGAUUGGUGGAGCGGUACAAACGAGCGUACGGGCGCUCAGGGGUUGUUCCCCGCCAACUAUGUUGAGCGAGCUUAG